GAUGGGUGUUCUAUCAUUACUUUCUCCGCAACACAAGCCUGAUGAGUGAGGCGGGCCAGGCAGCAGGGCAGGCGGGUGGACCACUACUCAUUUAACUCCCUCAGCUGUCGCACGCACGCCGCCACACACCACAAGGGAAGGAACAGCUUUGUCAUACAGCAGAGGACCCAGGAUGUCUCACAGCAGUGGCACUACCACCACUACUGCUGGUGCCACCACCAGCAGUAGUGGCAGCACCAUUAGUGGCACUGGGAAGCUGCGGCAGUUUGUGUGCAUUGAAUACCCAGGACUGGUGGAGAAUGUGGACAACAUGAUCAACACUCUGGGGGGACUGGAAAAGAUUUCAGAGGUGUACUGCGAGGACAACCGACGGAUGGAGCUGCGUUUCCGCCCCAAUGAUGUGUACUGCAAGCCAACGUGCGGCGAGCGUCACAACACCACGGCGCUGCUGCUGCGGGUGGUGCGCCGCAAGAAGAGAAGGAAGAAGAGGACGGGAGAGGAGGUGGGCCAAGCUGCCAACACAGGGGAUGCAAUGAAUGUGAGCCCAGCCACGUCCGAGCAGCCCAGCCAGGUCUUCCCCCUCAGGACAGAGCUAGUGGGAGUUGUACACACCACCUACAAGUUCAACAGUUUGUGUGACUUCCAGUACCUUCCGCUGGUGACAUGUGAGGACGGACUGCAGCAGAUGUGUGUAUAUGACCAGUUGGUGCCUCAGGGGAUGGAGCGAGCUGACUGGCUCAACCAACCUGCCCCUCUGUAUCUCCCACCGGCAGCCUUCACACGCAUGGACACCCCACAGGACUACCGCUACAGGAAAGAGAAGAACAACGAGGGCAAGUCGAAGGUGCCACAGAACAUCAUUGCCAGAACACGACAGCGGAGGACACACUUCACCAUUGUCCAGUUCUUCAAGGAUGGCGAUGUCCCCAAGAAGCCUCUGCCUGGAGCCCUGUCGCAGGUUCGCAUCAAGUUCAUGGACAGCGACUCCUACCAGAGACUAAAGAAGGAGUUUGAUAAGCGUCCCAUUUGGUCGAAGAAUGCACUGCGAGUCAGGCUGGACUACAAGAAGGAUAAGCUCAAGUACCUGCUGCCCACCAUGUCCUACUACUUCCACACUGGGCCGUGGAGGAACUUGUGGGUGCAGCUGGGCUAUGAUCCACGCAAGGAUCCCAAGGCCUGGAUCUACCAGACUUUUGAUUUCCGCAUCCGCCAGGCUGGAGGUGUGAAGACUAAAGUGGAGGCCAAGAGGAGUUACUCAAACUAUGUGUUACCAUACAAGAGUGCCAACACAUCAAGGAGGAAAACCUCGGUGAUCCAGUCCCUGCAUCUUGGGGAGUCAGGUGAGGACGGCAGUGAGGAGUGCUCCAGCAGUGCUGAGAAGAACAAUGAGGACCUGUACAUCUUUAGGCCUGGCAUGAUCCCUCCCUACAGGCAGAUGUUCUACCAGUACUGUGACAUUCAGGUGCCUGAGAUCCAGAAGCUGCUGGAGGAAGCCAUUCUGACGGGCGCCAACAAGGUGUGCUCAGAGAAGUAUGGCUGGCUGCCGGCGGGUGUUGAGGCAACUUGCAGGGACAUCAUGUCACGCCUCAUUGAGAAGACUCUGGCGGAGAGAACAGUGCAGGGUGAGGGCCUGGAGACAGAGGGGCUGGAGCUGCAGUCUAAUUCUGAGAGCGAGUCGCCCACUGAAGGGAACUCCACCGAAGAGGAGCAAGGGGAGUGAGGCGCUGCUCUGGCUUGUUGGUGCAGCACAGUGUUGAUGCUGGCUGUGCCUCCAUGCUUGGUGCAGGGAAUGUUACAUAAACACUUGCCUGUGUGGAAUGACGAACUUGUUAAAAGAUAGAGGUGCAUUGUUCUGUAAUUAUCUCCUGAAAUGUUUAUUUAUGAUGUGAAUACAUUUUGUGAUGUAAAUUUUGUAAAUAUAACCUGUAAAGCUUUUUUUGUACACAAGUAAAUAAGUACUAUUGUUA